UUAAAUGUAGUUAGCUGUCACUGUCAAAUCCAUCAAAUUCUCUAAUUAUAGAAUACAAAGUUAUUCCCUUUGAAAGCCUGCAAAUGUAUCAUUACUUUCUGUGAGAUAGAGCAGCUUAUUGCUUGUUCAAUCUCAGCUAUAAAGAUUCAUUUUGGCGAGUUGUUGCUCAGUGUACUGCUCUGAUGCCUGAAGAUAAACCACGAUGUGUGAUGGGUGUUGGUUAUCCACUGGAUAUUGUAGUUUGCAGUGCUUUAGGUGCUGACAUAUAUGACUCUGUUUGUCCCACUCGUACUGCUCGUUUUGGCACAGCUCUUGUACCAGAGGGAUUGCUGAAACUUAAACACAAAUCAAUGGCCGAGGAUACUCGUCCCAUUGAUCCAACAUGUGCUUGCAUGGUAUUUGAGUCGUGGAACAUUCAUUGUCUUGAGCUGUUUGUAUGAAUUAUACAUGGGCAUACAUCCAUUGUCUUGUUACAAAAGAUGCUAUGGGAUCACAGCUUCUGUCAUACCACAAUUUGAAUUGCAUGUUGCCGUUACAAACAUAAAUAAUAGCUUCUUUCUGUGAGUUUCGUUAUAUCUUGUAAUUGAGACUGUUGUUCCUUCAAAAUUUGUAGCUUAGCAGAAAUCUACACAGUUCGAUAAUUGUGUUGAGAGUAGUUUUUGCACAUAUUGUUUACUUUCAAGAGAACAAUUGUAUUGCAAACUCUAAUGAAUACACACAUCAGUGUUCCAUAUAUAUAAAUAACUUGUGAAGUCUAUUAUAGAAAAGAAAGCUUAAGUUAAAGGAUAUAUUUUCUAACGGUUAUAAGCU